AUGGCUUCCCAUAACUUAUCAUCGUGUGUGCAAAUCGACGAUACCUUCGGGCCGUAUGCGUUACACUGUCGGGGCGGCUUCGACUUUACGCUCCUGUUCGAGGAGACCUUUCUCACUAUUGUGCCUCUCGGGUUGCUGCUGCUCAUCGCGCCGUUCCGUAUCUUCUACCUAUUGAAAAAGCGGAAGAAAGUCAAUGAUGGCCCAUUAGUACAUUUGAAGCUUACCACGCUCUCCGCGUUCGCAGUCCUGCACUUGAUUCUUCUAGUGCUUUGGGUCCGACCGACGCUAUGGCUACGACGGGAGAACGACUUUGGCUAUCUGAUCGCUCUUGCGUUCACUGUGACUGUGGCUCUCAAAGCCGUGAUCUUGCUUUUAGAGGGAGCAUCAAAGCGUGGCAUUCUGAAAACUGAGUACCAAUCCUACCCCCCGGAGGCGACGAGUGGAAUUAUCAACCGGUCCCUCUUUUGGUGGAUUAACCCAUUGCUCUGGUUUGGAUACUCCAAUUUUCUUUCAAUUGAGGACCUUUAUAACCUUGAUAAGCACCUUCUUUCGGAGCGGGUGCAUCAGCGGAUGGAGAUAGCAUGGAACAAAGUUACGAAAAAGGGCCCUCACUCAUUGCUGCUUGUCACGAUGAAGGUCUUGAAAUGGCCAUUGCUGUCGAUUAUAAUUCCACGUCUUUGUCUUAUCGGAUUCAUGUUUGGGCAACCAUUCCUGAUCAACAGAGCAAUCAAAUUUGCUACAUACCCACCGAUAGAUGGGGCAGCUUCUGGGGAAAACGCUGAUAGCGUUGGAUACGGUUUAAUCGCAGCUUAUAUCCUUGUUUAUGUCGGCAUAGCAGUAUCGAUGGGACAAUAUCAACACUUAACCUAUCGGGCAAUUACAAUGGCCCGAGGUGGCCUCAUUGGAAUGCUGUAUAGGAAAGCAACCGAUCUAAGCAUAAAAGACGUCGAUCCGGCCGCGUCCAUGACACUGAUGAGCGCCGAUAUCGAGCGGAUCGUUCAUGGUUGGCAAACCAUGCAUGAAAUUUGGUCCAAUGCCGCCGAGGUUGGCAUUGCGAUUUUCCUCCUUUACAACCAGCUUGGAAUUGCUUGUGUGGUACCAAUUGUGGUAUCAGUUGUGUCCCUUUUCUUGUCAAUCAUCGCGAUGAACUUUGUGAUGGCUCACCAGGCCCUGUGGCUUGAAGCAAUUGAAAGGCGUAUUUCGGCCACCACCACCAUGCUUAAUUCCAUGAAGGGCGUCAAAAUGUGUGGUCUCAAACAGACACUACUCACAAAUCUACAUAAUUUGCGAAUUGAGGAAUUGACGAUCUCCAAAAAAUUCAGAAAGCUACUAAUUUGGAACAUGGGUUUUGCAUACAUAUCCCAGGUUUUCAGCCCUAUUCUCACAUUUAUGGUCUUUGCUAUCUUGGCAAAACGCGAUGGGAAUAACUCAAUCCUCGACUUCGCAAGGGUCUUUACAUCCCUGGCGCUUUUCGCGCUUUUGUCCGAGCCCUUACAGUCUCUGAUCAUGGCAUUGGCGACGUUCCUUGGCUCGGUAGGUUGCUUCGCUCGAAUCCAGGAGUUCCUGGAUAAACCCACCCGUGUCGACCCCAGGCAUAAGCCAAUGGACAUAUCGGAUGACGUCACGAACAGCUCACAGAGCCUCCUAGCAACGGCGAGGAACAGCAUCACAACAGAAAAGACUAGGGUAUCAAGCGCCCCAAGUAUCUUGGAUACUUCCAAAUUGACCUUUCCGUUCAAGGAUGUGCCUCAGCCGCUCUCCGGGCGGGAAGUGGUUUCUAUUCAAGACGGAUCUUUUGGCUGGGAUCCCGAAAAAGAGCCGCUUCUUAAGGAAAUAAGCUUGUCGAUCCCCCGAGAGAAACUCACAAUGAUAGUUGGCCCUGUGGGGUGCGGAAAAUCCACUCUUCUCAAGGCUAUUCUCGGUGAAGUACCAUGCAUGGGCGGACGCGUCGAUGUGUCCACUUUAAACAUGGCUUACUGUGACCAGACCCCAUGGCAUAUGAAUGAAUCUAUCCGAGACAGUAUCACUGCCGUAUCGGGUUUUGACGAGCAAUGGUAUACUACCGUCCUACGCGCAUGCUCUUUAGAGGAAGAUCUUCGACAACUUCCUAGAGGCGAUCGGACGAUCGUUGGAAGCAAGGGAAUCGCGCUCAGUGGGGGCCAGAGUCAACGUAUUUCACUUGCCCGAGCCGUGUAUGCACAGAAGGAGGUUGUCAUCCUGGACGAUGUCCUCAGUGGCCUUGACGCCUCAACCGAAAAUCACAUCUUCCAUAAUCUUCUAGGGCGAAAUGGGUUGUUGAGAAGACUCCACUCAACCGUCAUCCUCGUCUCCUCAUCCCCUAAGCGACUCCCUUAUUGCGACCACAUCAUUGCCCUUGACGCUGGGGGUAAGAUUUGCGAGCAAAGCGAUUUCGAGACCUUGAACUCCGCUGCAGGCUAUGUUUCCAGUUUCACACUCCCUCCUCCGGACUGGACAUACAAGCCAGAUCCCAAUACGGAUCAUAAUCUUUCGCUUCUUGCCCAAGAGGAGCCCGAAGGCCUUCGAACGAAUGAGGCCUUAGAGGCCGAAGCCAGCAGGAGAACAGGAGAUGUGAAAAUCUAUCUCUACUAUAUCGGCUCCGUUGGCUGGUUUGCUGCCGCCAUCUUCGUUAUUUUCGUCUGCGGUUUUGUUUUCUGUAUUGCAUUUCCAUCGAUCUGGCUUAAAAUGUGGGCGGAAGCAAAUCUCGCAAGGCCGUACGAACGAUUAGGCUACUACCUGGGUAUCUACGUUAUGCUCGGCUUCGUGGCGAUCUUCUGCCUCAUGGCUAGCUGUUGGCAAAUGAUUAUCACUAUGGUGCCGAAAUCCGGUGAAGCCUUCCACUUGACGCUACUGAAGACAGUUCUAAGUGCUCCGAUGUCGUUUUUCUCAACAACCGAUAUGGGUGUUACAAUCAACCGCUUCAGUCAGGAUUUGCAGCUCAUUGACAUGGAACUGCCUGUUUCUGCGCUCAAUACGUUUGCAACUUUCAUUCUCUGUAUCGCUCAGAUGAUCUUAAUCGGUGUAUCCUCCAUCUACGCUGCUAUUUGUUUCCCAAUUGUUCUUGGAGCUCUCUACUUUGUCCAAAAGUACUAUCUUCGAACAUCUCGACAACUUCGUUUCAUGGAUUUGGAAGCCAAAGCCCCUUUAUACUCCCAAUUCUCCGAAUGUCUGACUGGCCUGACAACAAUUCGAGCCUUUGGAUGGCAAAGAUCCCUGGAAGAGAAAAACCGCUUACUCCUUGAUCGGUCUCAAAAGCCGUUCUACCUUCUUUUCUCAGUUCAGCGCUGGUUAACCCUCGUGCUGGAUUUGAUCGUGGCCGCCAUCGCUACUAUCUUGAUUGUUCUUGUCGUUCAACUCCGGGGCACCAUUGGUGGCGGCUAUGCUGGUGUCGCAUUAGUGAACGUUGUCCAGUUCAGCCAAAGUAUCAAGCUAUUGAUUACCUUCUGGACAACCCUGGAAACCCACAUCGGUGCAAUCGCCCGUAUCAAGGUGUUUAAUGAAACGAUGGUCCCUGAAGACAAGGAUUCUGAGAACAACACACCCCCAACCAAUUGGCCGGGAGAGGGCGGUAUCGAAUUUAAGGAUGUUUCUGCUGAGUACAGACCAGGCGAGCCGGUCCUCAAGGGCGUAUCCCUGAAAAUAAACCCAGGAGAGAAGAUUGGUGUUUGUGGUCGAACUGGGAGUGGCAAAAGCUCAAUGGUUCUGAGCAUCUUUAGGAUGAUCGAGCUGAGCGGGGGUUCUAUCACAGUUGACGGUGUUGACCUCAGUACGAUACCUAGGCAAGAAAUCCGAUCGAGAAUCACCGGCGUCGCACAAGACGCUUUUAUUCUCAAAGGGUCGUUACGUCUCAAUACGGACCCAACUGGCUUCCUCGCUGAUGGCGCCAUUAUAAACGCAUUGAAGAGCGUGCACCUUUGGUCCGCCGUUGACGAGAACGGUGGUCUUGACGCCGAUAUUGACGACCUCCAUUUGUCACAUGGUCAAAAGCAAUUGCUCUGUCUCGCGCGGGCGAUGCUACGGCCAAGCUCCAUAUUGAUUCUUGAUGAAGCAACUAGCAAUGUCGAUAGCAAGACCGAUGAAAUCAUGCAACGCGUCAUCCGUGAGAAGCUUUCUCAACACACCAUUAUCGCCGUCGCGCACAAACUUGAUACCAUUCUUGAUUUCGACAAGGUGGCGUUGCUUGAGGGUGGUGUGCUCAAGGAGUACGAUGACCCAUAUACCCUCCUCUCGAGCGAUUCAGAGUUCAGCAAACUGUAUGCCAGCACGAUGUCGGAGCAGCCGGAUGAGGUGGGCAUCAUGGCGGAUGACAUUACCAUAUCAUCAAGAGCACCAGUCUCACGAUAA